UGAAAAACUAACUGUAAAUAGUCUAAAAUUAUUAAAUGACAGUGACUGGCAUUUAACCAUAUAGCCUACAUAAUGUGUAUAUCUUGUUGUGACAUAUGCGCUCAGGCGGUUGGUAUCUAUAAAGAAUGAUCAAAUAUGAAAAGAAAAAACCCAUCAACUUUUUAUCAAGCGACUGUCAAAAAUGAUUUUACAGAAAUGGAAAAAAUAAAAGACAAGGCAUAUGACAAUGAAGUAAUUGAUUUUGAAGAUAAUACUUUUAAUUAUGACCAUAUUUCAAUCACUUCAAUCGAUGAUAAUGAAAAAAAGCUUGACGAAAGUUUGAAUUCAUCUCUUCCAUCUUCGAGGAUGAGGAAGCUUAGAAGAAAUACAAUUCGAAGCAAAUCCUUAAAACGAAAAAGUGGUGUAGAUGAAAUAGAUAUUGUAAAUGAAAAACCAAAUCAAGUGUCCUUUCUUGAACCAAUCGUAUUGGAUGACUAUCUUACUGAUCAUCGUCCUCGUGAAGGUGUUUCAUCAUCAAUUGAAGCUACUAUAACUAGGUUGCAAUCAAUUCAACAAACAACACAUCUUAGUCGAUGGCAACAUUUCAAGUUAAAUAAUGCAAUAAGAUGGUUGCAUUUUAGACGGUUUCUUGGAAACUUUAGAUCUUUUUUCAAUAUUUGGAAAGGUCACAUGAAAGAAAUAGAAGGUAUGUUUGGAUCAGGCGUUGUAUCUUAUUUUAUAUUGAUGCGUUGGUUACUUAUGUUAAAUGUUUUGGUUUGCAUCAUUCUCCUUUCGUUCUUGUUUGUUCCUCAAAUUAUUUUUUUGCAAAGCUCAAAAAGUCAAAGAACUAGUUUUACCGGAAUGGAGCUUUUAACUGGCGACGGGUGGUUUGCACAAUCAGAACUGUUUUAUGGUACCUAUACAAAUCAAACCAUUAAAAAUGGCUAUGAAAUGCAACAUGCAUAUUUACUUGCUGGUGGAGGAUACAUUUUUAUUGUUAUUUUUAUUAUGGCAGUUAGUAUGGCAGAGUCGUACAAUGAAAACUAUAUAUUCAGUGGUGAGAGUGCUGGUUUGUUCUCAUCAAAAGUAUUUUGCUCAUGGGAUUAUGGAAUCACUAAUCAAUCAGGUGCCAAGAUGAAGUGUCAAAGUAUUGCACAGGAUUUAUUGGAAACGUUAGGCUCAGAAAGAUAUAGUCAAGAUUUGUCUUUAAAAAAAUUGUGCAAUUUAAUACUUAUUCGACUGGUAACAAAUACAAUUGUGCUCAUAUUCAUAGCUGGAGCAAUAUAUUUGAUUUAUUAUGUUUCUGAGUUAGGAAAAUUAGAAAGUGAAUCGAUUAUAUAUGCUAUGCUUCCAGCAAUUACAAUUUCUUCUAUUAAUCUAUUUUUGCCACCAGCAUUUCGUCUUAUUGCAUCGAUGGAAUCCUAUCAAUCUGCUGCAAAUGAGCUGCAGAUAACCCUAAUGAGCCUUAUUCAUAAUUGCAGACCCACAAUGCGUCCUUUCAAGGCAAGAAAAAUGAAUUUAGUAUUUUUGGUACUGCUUUUUAUGAUGCUAGUUUUUGUUGUCAUAGUGACUGACUACAAUAUUAUGAGCACUAACAAGUUAAAACCUUCAACACAAUGUGGUUCUUUUAGAGGUAUGAACAGUAUUUAUGAUAUUGUCAGUAUCAUUGUGGAAAAAUUACCAAAAGUAAUAAGUGAUUUUAUCAAAGUGAUUUCAUCUGCUGCUGUUAUAGCUGCCAUAACAUUUUUAAUGUUCUUUGUUGCCUACUAUUUUCGAAUAAAAAAACUUUCCUGUGAAAAAAAAAUAGAACUCAUGAAAAAGCAAAUUAAAUUGGUUGGCCAAGAUAAACAAUACCUAAUGGUGAAAUUACGAUAUGUUUUGAAAGAAAAUGUUCACUUGGACUAAAAGAUAUGCAAACUCAAAAUAAAAUAACACCCAGUUUUUUUUUUUUGGUUUGUGAUUUCACAAAUAUCAGGUGUUGUGAUUUGGCAAAACAUUUUGUAUUUAAAUGUUUGAUAUGACUAAAAUUUCUGUAUUUAAAUAUUACGGUAGGGCUGAAAGGUUUUGUAAAGCAUUUUU